GAUAUAUCACUUGGGGCAGCUCGCCCGGUGUAACGUCCCGAUUAAAGCCUCAUAUAUCCCUCUGCGGGCCUGCGGUUGCCUCUGAUCCCUUCAUGUGACCUGCCAAUGGUAUGUGAGAUCUCGUGUGAAUUGGUCCACCGAUGUAGACCUGGUCAGUUCCAGCUGACAAGUGACCUCCGUGGCCUCUAGUCAUAACCCCGUCGCUGACUAGUCAUCGGGCAGAUAUAUAACAACCACCCUUUGCCCUGAAGAACCCCAUACUGCCCUUCGUCCCUUCGGACGCAUGUCUUCUGACGAUGCUCCAUCACCAUAUCAUUCUAAGCACACAGCAUCCAGUUUUGUCGACGUUAUCCGGUCACUAGGUGUUGCCCGCCCGAAGUCGCUUUCCCCGGUCUCGCUACAGGACAGCAGCGAUUCUCUCUCACUGUCAACGGAUGGACGCAGAAGCAGUCGGAUUGCGCUGGGAUUCGAAUCAAUGCAUCGUGGUAGCGUCGUGUCUAGCUCCUCCGACCCCUCGGGUGCGCGGGACUUCGAUACGUCCGUCCGAACAUUGGCGCAGAGGCAAUCUUUAGGUCAUGCCAUUGACGAGGCGGAGCAGAUAUCGAAGUCGCUUCAGUGGUUUACCCCGGAACAGUCUCUCGCUUUCUGGGAGGCUGGAACGUAUCUAUUACACCAUGAAAGCUCACCGGAAGCCCGGCGGAGUGGUUCGGUGUUGCUAGAGGCCGUUGCGGCCCGGCAAGAUCUGUCUCCAGCAGCGCGACGUAUCAUCUUUGAGUCGAUCUCAAGCCCCUCGGAAAACGAUGUUAUCCCCGCACGUAUCCAGUCCUUGAUAGCCCUAUCUGAUCAUGGCAGAAAACUGGAGUUUGCUACCUCCUCUGUGCUCCCUGUGAUAUCGUCUUGUCUGGUCCCAUUGUAUGAACUGAUCUCAACCGCACGAUUAAAAGCAAGAAAGUCGAAAGUCGGGAAGACAAAUGGGCUAGGAUACGAUGGAGCGGUCUUGGAUGACCUACUGCAGUUUGCAGUCGACCUAAUCACCCUGCAGCGGAAGCCACCGAGCAGUGAAGAAGUUCAGAUCUUGCUGGAACAGAUUUUUACCAUCUGCAGAAAGACGAGCGUUGCUGGUGAUAUCAAGAACUCACUGAGUGUGUUCGAUGCCCUUAUACUCUAUGCGGACGUUCCCGAUGGAAGUUUCAUUCCGAUGCUGGAGGUCUUGUGCAGCAUUCACGCAUCCGUCAAGUCCCUGUCGGGUCCCACAUCCAGAGCUGUUCGGAAUCUGGCGAAGUCCAGAAGACAACUGGAAAUGGCGGAGAAUCUAUACACGUUUCUGUCAGAGUCCUCUGGUGAAAAGAGUCGUAAUCUCAAUGUUGUCCGGGGAGCAGUAUAUGUCUUUAUGGAUCUUGUACGCGCGCAUGGUCAGGACGGGAUACCGGAACUCCAGUUCAACCGUCUGAUAGACGCUCUUGGGGUGGUUGUGGUGAACAAAGACGAUGGUCGGUUGGAGGCGGAUAUUUUGGAGCUAUGUCUAAACAUUUUAGAAGGUGACUUUGUUACCGUUGCGCUGGAAAAGAACUGGAACGGGUUUGUGAAUGUGUUGAAUUCGUGUUCCCUGCGGGCUGUCGACGAGCCGGAAGAGUCCUCACCGGCCACGCCUGACGCACAGCCACUCCUCCCAAGAGGCAGCGUGUUGGACGACACGCGAUCUAACAUCCUAGCCAAUGUCAUCCAAAUCGCGUCAACCUUGGAGACCCUUUGGGAUCGCUUAAACCAUCAGCAACGACUAGACUCUGCGCGCUUCCUGAUGAACGCCUGCCGAUACAUCGAGCCUCCGCAGGCUGAACUCGUCCUUGACACGAUCAGGACGGAGGGAUUCUGCUCCCCCGAGUCUCCUGGCUGGGUCGAACAAUGCCAACGAGUCAUCCGCAGCUUCGUUCGCGCCCGGAACAAACCGUCUGACAUCAGAAUCCUAGCCCUGGACACCAUCAAAGAUUCCUUCAACAGCUAUGAUUCUCUGGUUCUUUUCCAAAAAGAGGGCCUUCUCAGCCUCAUGUUGGAGAAAUUUGCUGACGAGGAUGACAUUCUGUUCCUAGAAUCGUUGGUCUCUUUUCUUGUUGACACUUCUGUUCUUGCCAGCGAUGGCGAUACCUUCAAGCAAUUGGUGGACAUUUUAAGCUCGCCCAUGAAUAAAGAUCUGGACAAGGAAGGUGCUCUCGGAUCGGAGUCUUCGACCUUGUCUUCGGAACGUCCUUCUUAUAACAGUGUGCUGGAGUUAUCCUUGGCCAAUGUGUGCACCGUUGGGCUUGUCCGGAUGUUUUUGAGAACGUUGAAUGUGUCGGCGACCAAGGCAGCUUCGGCUUACGAGGCCCUUUUGAUGAUUGCCCAUUCCUCCGACCGUCCGGCAGACGCACGUUUGACUUCCCUGAAGCUAUUGUUCAGACUGCGUUGUGAUUCUUCUGGGUCGAUCACUGUGACCUCGGUCUCUGAAAUUGACUUCAUGAUGAAUAUCUCCGGGCGGAAUUUUGAAGCGGGUUCCAAAUCACAUGAAGACUAUGCCGGCGAUCAUGACAAUGAUAGUGAUCAAGGGCGGCCAGCAGCCCAUAGGAGACACUCAACUAAAGAGCCAUCUGCUAGUAUCUUGUCUAGGUCCACGGGGCGGAACUCAAGCAUUCCCAUUCGGGCUGCGAAACUCACUCCCCCCAUUUGGACGUUUGCCGCCCCGCAGGUCCUUCCUGAAGCCCCUCCAGAUGAAUCGAGUCCGUUCGUAUACGCUUAUGCUACUCCGGACACAAUCCACCAUAUUGAGUCAGAGCCGGCCCAGAAGGUGGCAUUGAAGGCAAAUAUGUGGCUCGAAACUGUCAUCUCACUGUUGCAACGAGAAACCAAUUGGGACCUCUACAGCUAUGUUCUUGCUCAUCUUGCGACCCAGCUUCAUAACAAGGACCUCUUCAGCAAUGCAGUUCCGCAGAUUAAACUUCUACGCAGUAUCCUUUGUGAUCAGGUCAAAAAUGAUUCCUUCCGCGAACCGCCAGCGACUACUGGUGCAAAGAAGACCGACGUUGCUGGCUACAUUUUCGACUUUCUGUGCGCGUUGAUCAGCUACCAUGGUCACUUUGCUAAAAGUGAACAAGAUGAGCUUGUUCGGGCGUUCAUGAUGGGUAUCAUAGGAUCCUGGGGAAGUACCUCGCGCGGAUGUAUACACGCACUCUCUGUCUGCUGCCACGAAAUUCCGCUUUCGGUGACAAAAUCUCUCAACGGCAUUCUUGACAAGAUGUCCAAAGUCAUCACAUUGGCCAAUCUUGCUGUGCAUAUUCUGGAAUUCUUGGCUCUUCUUGCACGUCUGCCCGAUGUCUAUAUCAAUCUGCGCGAAGAGGAGAUUCGUACUGUCUUUGGAAUCUGCGUCCGUUUCUUACAGACUUCCAGAGAGCACCGGUUCAAGGCAUCUGAGUCUCCUACGAGGGGCGCCCAUGUUUCGACCAGGACUGGUAGGGAGUCCUUGGCUUCUCCCGCAGACUCGUCGGAUCCUUCACUUCAGGACGGAAUGUCAAGAUACAUCUAUACACUCACGUACCAUGUCAUGAUUUUCUGGUUCUUGUCUUUGAAAUUGCAGGAUCGAGCGAAACAUGUGAACUGGAUAACUAGUAGACUGAUCUACACAGAUGAGCAUGAGAAGGAAACGGUUGAAGAGCCAAGCCAGGUGUUUAUUGACCUGAUGCAGAGGGCGGCUUUCUCGGACUUGGGCGAUACUAUUCCGUAUUCCACAUUCCCCCCGAGCCCAGAAGACGGACCUGCAGUCACGAAGUCAUGGAUUGUGGGAAUGAGCAUAGUGACCGUUGAGACAGCUGGUGUGUCGGGUUUGACUCAAAUCACGAAGAGACAGGCGUCGGGAACUACGUAUGCAACAUACCAGCAACGCACUGCACCCGUUCUCCCUCAUCAGGUUCCCUCAACGCCGGACGCUCACUUGCAUUCCGACACCUUGCGUACUGCGGUCCUUCCGAGCCACAUCAUCAUGCAGCUGACCACCACGGCGUUUCCCACACCUACUGUGAUGCAACCUAUUCCGCUUCCUGACGACGAUAUCACCCGUCGGGCCCUGACCACUUUCGAUCGCAAUGAUAUUGUGGACGGACACAAGAUCGGCGUCAUAUAUAUCGAUAACGGCCAGACCACCGAAGCUGAGAUACUGUCCAACACCGGCGGCAGCGCGGAUUACGAAUAUUUCCUGUCAAGACUCGGAACCAAGGUCCCGCUCCAGGGUGCGCGCUUCAAUACCCAAGGGCUGCACGCGGAUUUUGACGGAGAGUCUACUUACGCAUGGCGCGAUCGAGUGACUGAGAUCGUCUACCACGUGGCAACAAUGAUGCCUACGAACUUUGACACCGAUCCGUCGUGCGUCGGCAAGAAACGCCACCUCGGAAAUGAUUAUGUCAACAUUGUAUUCAAUCGAUCGAACACGCCGUUCAACUUCAACACGAUCCCUUCCCAGUUCAACUUCGUCAACAUUGUCAUCACCCCGGUGUGUCGCAUCACCAAUGAGCCCGGCACUGCAGAGUCAAAGCGCACCGACUUCGACAGCCUAUUCUACCAGGUGCGGGUGAUGAGCAAGCCCGGGUUUCCAGAAAUCUCGCCUGCCGCCACGCCAAAGAUCAUCUCCGCGAAGAACCUUGCCCCAUUCGUCCGUAUCCUCGCGCUCAACGCCUCCGUGUUCUCGCUCGUCUGGGACAGCGAAGGAGGCGAGCACAUCUCGUCCUGGCGCAACCGACUGCGGCAGAUCAAACGACUCCGCGAACGCGCUCUCGGAUCCCAGGCCCAAAGCUCCGAAGCUGCAGAAGGCACCUAUCCCGCUCAGCGCCGCAACACCAAAGCCAACAUCUUCUCCGAGGAGGUGCCCUCGCGCAACACUUCCGUCCACACCGACUUCGCCACAGACUGGAAUGCCGCCGCCGACGCCCAUAUUCUGGAGAACUUGGACUUUUCGCGCUGGGGUCGCUGAGGCACAGACAAGAAACUCACUUGUUGUAUCCCGAUUGUACUUAGCGUGUGUUUGGGGGGGGUUACAACAACCAACGGGAAAGAGAUGGCUGGCUUGACAAAAAAUAACUCCCUUCUUCUGGUUUUUCUUUUCUUUUUUUUUUUCUGCUUCUUCUUUGCCCUCAUGAUCCACUUGCCACGACCCGAUCGAUGAUUGUACAUCUUAACUUGAAGCUUUUGAAGCCUGUGUAAAUACCCCUCUUUGUUCUUACAGCACCACACAAAAGUUCACUUGUUUUUUUUUUUUUUUUUUUCUCGUGUCGUGAGAGAUGGCAUCUGUCAUC